UGUCCCCACUCACCGACGGUAUACAGACGCCUCAACCACUACAACACCACAACGCCAUCAAGUUUCAUCAACUCCUCCCCAAUACGCAUUGAUACCGACUGCGCGCACAUUCUUAAGCCCCCUGGACUAGUGAAUAGGGCUGCGGGCCGCGUUGCUACUAUGUCACCUGCUCCAUUGGCCCAAGACGCAGGCGCGGCUACCUCGCCCUCCCCGCCACAACCGCCACAACCGCAACCGCCACAGCGAAGCCCUCCUCAAAUGCCAAGCUUCGAUGAUAUGUUCCACCAAAAGUUCAUGGACAUCAUCCAGAAGUGGAAGGAUGACCCACGUUCUCCUCAGCUGACCUCAAGGGACCGCAAGGACUUCAUUGACAAAGCUUACCGGGAAACAGACGAGAUAGUCUUUGGUGGUCGUCAAUUAUCAGAUCAAGAGAUCAAGCUUCGCGCGCUCACCAAAGUCUUCUACAAGGUUCUUUCAGAGGAACCAUGGUCGGAAGACUGGAUUCGGCCUCAAGACGUGGAGCGCAAGUUAUCUAGAUUCGAAAUGCACAAAGACUCCGUGAAGCUCGCAUCCGAACACGGUAUCUACAGCCCUAAGGAAGCUAUCAUAGCGGCCCGCAAAGCACUGCAGCUGCAGAAGAACGUUUUCCAGGACAAGGACGGCAAUCCUGACAAGACCAAUCUGCGUGGACCAUUCGAUGACAUCGAGAUCAUCUAUAUCCCUGGCACUGUAUCCUCAACCGCUACCAACAAGAUUGAUCGAGACAACAUUUACCCCGUCUCGGUCGCUAGCGUUGCGAAUAUCUUGCAUAAUCAUAUAUGCCGCGACAUGACCAGGCCUUUCGCCAUGGCACAGAAGUUCGUUACUGUGACGGACACGGAUGAGUUGAUCAAGAUGCGUCAAUUUGCUUGCGACGUGUGUGACUUUGCGCCGCAUCUUCUUGACAAUGACAACAUCAGUCUUCUGGUCGUGCUUUUGAUUUUGACUCGAUCGGAGAUCUGCAGGCGUUUCGAGAACAACGGUAUCCGCAUCGAGGGCUCCACUGUCAGCCACCGUAGGGCCGAGUGCAUGAAGCAAAAGCUGGGUUGGAAGAAUCCUGAGGACCGCAAGCCGUUCGACAAUGUUGCGAUUGAGCUUCAAACACGUGUCAAGAAUGCAUGCUUCCCUGCGCCGCGCUUGCAGACUUCGCGCGUCAAUAGGCCUAGGGUCAACCGCAAGUCCUCUACGCCCGGGACGCCUGGUACCCCUCCGAUCGGAUACUUUGCGCCUCCCCAACCGCGAUAUUCUUUGCCAUCAGGGUUGGCCAACUCCAGCAUCAUUGUCACGGAUCCAUCUGGAGCAUCCCCGUACGCCACGACCCACCAGCAGUGGAGGAACGGCGCCGGCGCCAGCCCUAGCUCUACAAAGGCUGCUCCCGCCCGCACCCUUCUGCGGACAGGCCCGGGAAGUAGCGCGACCGAGCCGAUGGAUGUUGAUUAGCUUGGUAUGACAGCUCGUUACUGAACUUUCCAUCAAAUUUGCAUUGCAUCAUAUGGGCGUCGGAUUGCCGUUAUUCCUUGGUUUUAAUAAUAGCAAUGCGACUAAGCAUGAAGGGCGCAUACAGCAACAGGCGCAUUGGGCUCUCUGUUUUCUUUCUACAUGCGUAUGGCGCCGGUGGCGCUUUAUGGAGCUUCGGCUCCCUUUUCAACAUGCAUAAUAUUAGCCGGGUAUAUGGCGUAGCUGUACUUUCGUGUUUGCGAUUCAAAUGCAAUGUCUGUACGAUG